UAGGCAGCUAGCUAGCUAUGAUCUAGAAGCUGCUCAUUAGAGUUGGUAUAGUGUUAAUUCUCAAAGAAAAUAAAACAACAAAAGGAAAUGGCAGCAAUGAACCUUGAAUCCUACCCCCCUGUGUUUCGCCAACAAAGCACAAGCCCUGAAGUUCAAGCUCACUCUCACAGCGAUGAUGUCGCCAAAGAAUUUAUUCAAGAGUUUCAUUCUAUCCCUGUUGUAGAUCUCCAGUGUCUCAACCUGGACAAGCUUGCUGAAGCUUGUAAAAACUGGGGCUUGUUUCGUUUGGUCAACCAUGGGAUUCCUUUAACUCUUCUGAGACAACUUCAGGAUCAUUCCAAGAAGAUUUUCUCUCUGUCUUUUGAAUCCAAAAAAGCACUCGUGAUCAGUAGCCCAAUGUCCUACUUCUGGGGCACCCCUGCCCUUACCCCAUCUGGGGAUUCACUAUCAAGAGGCUCCCAAAAUAUCAAUUGGGUGGAAGGUUUCAAUGUUCCUGUCAGUCAAUUAUCUCAGUUUCAAGCAAGAGAUCCUACACUUGAUUCUUUCAGAAUUUUGUUGGAAGAAUAUGGAAGGCACCUGACUAGAAUUGCCACCACCAUAUUUGAUGCAAUGGCAAAAACUCUCAAUCUGAAUCCUGAGCAAUCCAAGACUUACUUGUCAGAAUCAACAGGAUCCAUACGUGUUUAUCGAUACCCUCGGUGCUCUUCAGCUAAUGAGACAUUUGGGAUGGAAGCUCAUACAGACAGCUCAGUGCUUUCUAUAUUGAACCAAGAACAAGUUGGUGGAUUUGAACUUCUCAAGGAUGAUAAAUGGCUCCAAAUUGAGCCUAUUCCUGAGACACUAGUUCUCAACCUUGGAGACAUGUUGCAGGCCAUAAGCAACGAUGAAUAUAAGAGUGUUAAGCAUAGAGUGAAGCCAAACAAAUAUGGGGAGCGAUAUUCAAUCUGCUACUUCGUUUUCCCAUCUGAAGGGAGUGUGAUACAAAGCUCUAAGUACAAGCCUUUCACUUACAAUGAUUUUCGGGCACAAGUGCAACAAGACAUAAGGACCAUGGGGUUUAAGGUUGGGCUUGACAGGUUCAAGUUCAAGCAGAUUGAGGCGGAGCCAGCUGCAAGCUGAAACAAGCAACGGAGAAGAUGAAGGUGUUUGAUUCCUCUUGUCCCGUAUCCUACUAUGCAGGGAAAGGAGAAGCGACCUUCAGUUGAUGGAGGGAAGCGCCUCUUGCAGGAGAAAAUACAUAACAAUAAGCUGCCUUCUAUCUGUAUACAAGCCAAUCUGCUAGGCUAGCCAGGGAGAGGCAUAAUGUAGUGAUGAUUCCAAAAUGUCAAGCAAAACUAUUUAAUCCCUUUUUCUUUAUCAAAGUUAAGCAGGAUUUCAUUAACAAAUUAGAAAAUUUACUAUUUGCGAAAAUUUAUUAAUUAAUCUCUUUA